AUUUUUUCAUCUAUUUUCUAAUGACCUAUAAAUCAUGGACACAUGCUUUUCAGUGCGGGAAAACCUCGAAGAAACCCAUAGGCUGCGGAAAACUUAAAUAUAUAUAUGGCGGAACCGACGCUAGAUCACAUUCAUGGCCUUGGAUGGCUGUUAUUCUAAAUGAAGAUGCUGAUAAAGUUGAAUGUGGAGGCUUUUUAAUAUCGCCUAAAACCAUAAUAACUGCCGCACAUUGUGUUAAUUCCGAAAAUUCCAUAGAUUUUCUGAUCGGAUUAGGAGUUCAUGACAUUGAAAAUAUUCAUGAAAAUGAUCUUUACAAUAUUGAUAAAAUUAUAAUUCAUCGAGAUUUUAACGUUAUAAAUGCCGACAAUGACAUCGCUAUAAUAGUCCUCAAGGAUUCGGCAGAUUUUUCCGAUAAUAUUCAACCCAUAUGUUUACCUUCUAAAGACAUCGAUGAAAUAAAAAAAUGUUAUUCCAGUGGUUGGGGAUCGACUUAUAGAAACAGCGGUCAGUCUCGAUAUUUAAAACAAGUAUGUUUGCCGCUCAUACCCUGGAAAGACUGUGAAGAUAUAUAUGGUAAUGAUUUGACAAAAAAUAUGAUAUGCGCUGGGGAUAUCAAACGAGGAGUGAUAGACACUUGUGAGGGAGAUUCAGGAGGACCAUUAAUGUGUUACACAAACAAAUGGGAAGUUUAUGGAAUAACUAGUUGGGGCUAUGGGUGUGGUGAGCCAAACAAUCCAGGGGUCUUUACCGACAUUAAUAGAUUUUUAGAUUGGAUCGAAGAAAACAAGGUGUAAAAACAUUAUAGUAUAUUUAAAAAUAUUCGUAAUUUAUAAAUAAUUAUUUUUUUUAAAUAUCGAUUUAUAAAUAAAAAUCACGUUUUAGAUAAUAAU